AUGUCUUCAACCACUCGACGCCCAAUCUCUCGACAACUCAUCACGAAGUCCACCAAGAGUAACUCAACUACCGCCGACCAACUGGCCAAAGAUCUCGCGUCGAAGUUGACACUGAACAGCACGAAGGGAAAGCAAAAGGCCGAAGAACAUGAUGUCAAUCCAGGACGAGCGAAACUUACGUCCAUGCGUGCAGUGAAUGAAGCUUCACAAACACUGUCGGCCGUAGUACAGUCAGGCUGGAAGAAGACUGCACCGGAUGCCUCUAAGACGACGUUAUCGACGGCAAACACAGCGGCGUCGACAGCCUCGAAGCAUUUGGAGACUCUACGGCGGGUUUCACCAGGGGAUAUAGAUGUUGAGAGAGCCGCAGUUAGUGUCCUCGGAAAACUCAUAGCUCUGGAAAUGUACGAGCUCGGAACACCUGUUUUGCGAGAGAUUCAUCCGCGGAUAUGCUCCCUAGUGGACAGCACAUACACACCCAAUGGCCAUCCACGACUUCGGUUUCUCUCCAUUCCCUUACCCUCAAUGGACACCACAACGAAUCCAGUUCUUUUGAAUCUCAUCUCAACAUAUCUUUUAUUCGCGAUUAUACUAGCUACUUGCCCGGGCUCUGCCACUCCACAAUCAACGGAAGAGCUCGCCGAAACGCUCGCCUCUCCAACGACGCAUUCCCUGACCACUUGGCUCCCAUUAUUCUCCGCACUCCCUUCAAAACACACCGAUCCGUUGCUUACUCGAGCCUACUCAGCUCUCAGCAAGCUAUUCCUCUCAUCGUCGGCACCACCUUUCAAGUCGAAGUCAAGCAAGACCGCAGUGGUUCCGUCGCCAUCUCCUGGAUCCAUAUUCGCUCUGAGAGCAUACGGUCUACGAUGUCUCGUCAACACUAGUCCAGGUGUAAUUGACGCCAACGUCUUCUGGGACCAGGCAGUUAAGUCGACGGCUGUCCUCGUCCGGGCCUCUUCGACGGACCAGGUGUCAGAAGAGGAGAUAAGCGUAACAAUCCUUGCGGUGUUUCACCAGCUAGUCGGAUUGGCAGAGAAGAGGGCAGACAGGGAGAAGUUUUUGGCGGUAAAUGAGACAGGGAAGAAUUUCAUGACUUUCUGCGACUACUGGGCGUCCUUUGCGAAGCGGGCAGGGGACAUUGCAGCUCUCCAGCGAAUCAACGCCAUGCUGCGGCCGACUUCGCUUCUAUUUACGCCACCCCAUGAGACCAUGCCAGCUGUAAAAGCUGCACCUUCACCCCAAAAACAGUCAUCGCCUCAGAAAGCUGCUCUCUUAGAAGGAUCCCGGAUGCACAACACACUAACCCAGCUAUCAUUAAUGCUUGAAGCACCUAGAAGCGAUUUUAAGGACUUGGACAACGACUCGGACUUGCAUAGGCUAUUAGACGAAUGCUUGCAGCUGUUGAGGGAUCCUGCCGCUAUCUCGCCCUUUCUACAACCACGGCAGCAGACGAUGGAAAGAAAGUCAAGAAACGACGAUGAAAUGUCAAGAAUAUGCAUCAAAGUCGACCGAGCCUUGGAGAAACUUCGCCGAACAGCAAUCAAGUACGUCGAGGCGGGCUCAUCCUCUUCAUCAACCUUUCCCGUGGCCACUUUAAAAACGGAUGUCCUGCUGGAAGAUGUGUUGUUGGCUUCGGUUGCACGCUUGCAAUCACUACUGUUAUCGGAGGUUCUUCCCGCUCCAGUUGCUCGCGAUGCCCUAACUCGUUCGCUGGACACAUUAUUUGUAUUGUCCCGGAUAAGGCUCAACCCCAACGAUCCGAGGACUUUUGUACCGCCGUUCGACCACCUAAGCCUUGCCUCAACGAUCGUCAACUCCGUACCCUCCGAUCGGUACCCGUUAUCACCUCUCGACGACUCGGUAGACAUUGCAAACUACUAUCGAUGCGUGUCUGGGGCUUUUUACAACCUUGCCGGUUCGCUCUACCAGGCCACAAGAUACGGGAACGCUGUUCCAUUCCUCGUUGAAACCUGCAGACUUGGGGAGAAGGCCUUGUGUUUGCCUCGACCGCAGCCGGAGGUGCCGAACGAGGCGAGAGAGAAGGAGUGGAAGCAGUUGGAGGAGCAGCUAUUCAGGCGUUGGGAGCUACUGGGUGUCUGCUACUCUAAGAAUGGUAAUCACAAGAACGCUUACGAUGCGUUCAAGCAGGCCAUCCGUUCAUUCCCGUUCUCUUCAUCGGGUCUGACAACGCAGAGCGAGAUGCUCUCGCCAGAUUCUCUCUUCGGCUCUUCGUCAAAUGCAGUCGUCAAGCAGCUUGUGUCGCUUAUCGACCGCGUCUCCUACCUUGGCGCAUGCAAUCUUCUCCUGCCCCCGAACGAAAUAUCUCUGCGGUCGAACGUCCAUGGCUCAGCCUCACCCCUUCUCGAUCCUGCUACCGUUGGUAUUCUCCUGGAACGACAGUUGGACAGCCUGGAACCCAGCAGGUGGAAAGACGGCAUUCGAGGAGUGUCUGUGAAAUUGUUGAGAGAUGCAUUGGAUGUAUAUGACUUGAGGACACCAGACGGGUCAAGGUUAACUCCUGUGAGGAGGGCUAGGAUCGUUGUGAGGUGUAUGGAAUUUGUGUAUCGGAGUCCUGGGGAUGAGGCUGUCUCUAUUUUCGGGUUUAGCAGUGUUGAGGAUAUGGGUAAAGAGAUCGAGUCUCUUGGCACACUUGAGAACUUCGAGAAAGACGCUUUGCUAGUUGACUUCGUCCUCCAGUAUCGCAUAUCAAGCCGUCUGUGGAUGGCCCUGCAUGCCCACCGACGGGCAGAUCCCGAGCAGAACAGUAUCAUGUCGCAACACUCUGAGGCUGCCUGUCAUCUAAUAAAGGAGCUACUAAGCCGCGGUGCUGAAGCCACCCGGAAAGCCACCCGCAAGGUGUCGAGUCCGAAAGCCCUCAGGAAAGCGUCGUCCCCGAAAGUAGGCAGGAUCAUCUCGCCCAAAGCACCUCGCUCGACCCGUCAACGGGUCCCUGCUGCUCCGAGGAAAGCUGCUCCUGUCAAGUCGAAAUCUGUGGCUUCGGUGACUCCGAAACCUAGGACACGAAAUGCUCUACAACCUAUGUCGUUCAAUGCGACGCAGAUGACACCCCCGCGACGAUCUAUUGACGGUGCUUCUUCAAAAGCCACUCUGAUUUUCGAUGACUUCGACAGAUUACUGUCUUUGCUCCAACUUACUGCCCGGAUUCUUGGCUUCCUGUCCCUUAUCCUUGCCAAGGCGCGCCUCCUCGACAUGACCAGACGGCUUGCACAGCGUCAUGAAGGGACGACAAGUGAUGGCUAUAUCACUGCUUCGAUCGAGCUUGCACACGAAUACGUUACUCUCGGAAAGCUGAAGAGGGCAGCGUCGAUAUUUAACCAAGCCCUGGAAGUUGUGCGCAGUGGGCAGGCUUCGCCUGACGUCUCCGUACGGUUCUUGUUGCGGUUUGCGGAGUCGCUCGCUUUGGUCGAUGACGUUCCCAAAAGCUUGGCAGUUUAUCUCGAAGCCCUAAACAUGGCGACGCAGGUCGACCUGGAGCAGAAAGGGCAAUCUACACAGCAACGCAUCUACGCUCGUACUAAGGUCCUUGAGAUGGCAGCGAUGGCGUCGCAUGUAUUUGCCUUAGUCCAGUACGCAAAGGGCGAUGUAUGCGCCUCACUGCAAGGCCUUCUUCAAUCCCUUCGCCUAUGGAACCGUGCCAUCGACACCAUGACUCGUCUGAAGCCUGCGACUGCGAAUAGUUCAGAAUCCGAUCCUUUCGAAAUGUCCAGCUUGAAAGAUUCUUUACCUAACGGUGCAUCCAGUUCUUCGUCUCAAGAGUCUCCCAUAUCGACAGCCACGAAAUCGACCGCCGUUCGAGCUCCGAUGGAUGAUCUCGAAUGGCGAAUCUCUGAGGGCUUACUCUCCACAAUGUUCUCCUUAACGCAAGCAUACUUCUACCGGGGCUCGCCUAGGGAAGCUGAAUAUUUUGCUAAGCAAGCGGCCAAUCUAGCGGGACAGUUGAACACGCCAGCUAUGGUCAGCCGUGCUUUGGCCAGACAAGGAGAGUUGCAACUGCACAUGGGCAACCUGGAAGACGCGAGGGUUAAUCUGACGAAGGCCACGGAGCUCUUGUGCGACAUGCCAGGAAUCGACACUGCGGAUAUUCGCCGUUUGAAAGUCGAAUAUAACAUCCGAACAGCGACAGAGGAAGAUGAAGAUGAAGAUCCUCAACAGCUGUUUAAUGAAACGGUUCAGAUGUUGGAGGAGCUGGACGUUGUGUUCCGACAAUUCGAUAACACUGCUUUUGGUCCUCGGCGAUCCCUGGGCACUUCGCCUCGUCAUGUAGGCCCAGCUCCAACCGACGUUCUCGUUCCCGAACUACUAGCAUCGAUUCUACGCCAACAACUGUGGUUAUUACGCGAUGAGAUUGGUGACGUCUUCAAUUCCAUCUUGGAGAAAUAUCUGUCGUUGUCAUGGUCGACUGCUACUAAAGCAGAAGAAUAUGGUCUUAUGGGAAAGUUGACACUUCACAGUGUCUAUGGCCGCUUCCAAACUGAUAUGUUCUUAAGUUCCAUAGCCGAGUCAACUGUCGCCAUUCCUAUGGGAAUGGAGACUAGGGAGCAUGUCCAACCGAUGCUUCCAUCGGCCGACAUCGUCGAGGCUUUGGCAAACGCAGAGAAACUACUGUGGACACAUCUAGCAUCAACAGCGAGGAAGGGAAACGUUAUCGAAGUCCGCGAGUCCGUCAUCUCAUUGGUGCUGAUUGGUGCGUUCCGUACGUCUCUUGGAGAUCGAAGGCAAGACGUUCCUUCGACCAUGGCGGCAUUAUUGGACGCCUCUGCAGCUCUCACUCUACGUCGCGACAUGUUGGAAGCGAUCGAUAGCAAAUUUCCUCUUUCUGUCGAUGAUCUUCAAUGGCCAUUGCUAUUGAAAGAUGGCGCCGCCUUGCCUCGUUCGCCCCCUUCCACGAAUUCCAAGCUGCGCACAUCUUCGCUAUCAGACUCUGAGGAUGAGCGUGAAGAUGAGGCGUCAGACGCAGAGAAGUCUAUUCGAUCGUACUGGGAUACCGUGCGGGCGAAAUAUGAAACUCAAGCCUUGGAUCCUUCGGCACUCUCUGUGUCCGAAACAGUGGGCUUGCCAGCCAAUUGGACAGUCAUCAACAUGAGCAUAACGGCAGACAAAAGCACGCUAUUCUGCUGCCGACGCGAAGGAGGUAACCACUCUGAAGACCCUCUGAUUUUCUGUAUCCCAUUGAAGGGACGAAGGGAUCAAGGCAGCAACGAAGACGAAGAGGCACAUCUCACGUUCGAACGCACUCUUCAAGAGCUCCAGGACAUUGUUCGGAGUAGCGACGAAUGCACGAAGGCGGCCAUCAACGUCAAAUCCGACGAUGAAGAAGCUCGCGUCAACUGGUGGAGACAGCGAACUGAGCUCGACACACGGAUGCGACAGCUUCUGGAGAACAUCGAGUACUGCUGGCUUGGCGCGUUUAAAGUCAUCCUCAGCCCUCGACCGAGUAUCACGGCAGAGGAUGUCUCUGAGCUGCGUGGCCAGUUCGAAAAGGUCUUCUAUCGUGCACUUCAUGUCAAGGACAAGAAGCCGAAGAAGCCGGCUGCCCACAAGAAGAGCACAUCUCAACCCCAAACGCACUUGCCCACCCAGUUCACUCUCGACGACGCCAUGAUCAAGUGUUUGUCGACGCUAUCACCCAAAUGUCGUGACGAGGAGCUCGAAGAUUUCAUCUAUUUCGUGCUGGAUCUCUAUCAAUUCCAUGGUGUUCCCAUUGCCAUCGCGGAGGUCGAUAUCGAUCAAGUCGUUGUCGACCUUCGCACUGUCCUCGAAGAGCAUAGCACUAGGAGGACAAAGUAUCCAAGGUCCUCCAGGGUUCCGUCCAAGCCCUCUGAUGAGCACAUCUUCCUCGUGUUGGACAAGAAUGUCCAAGGUCUGCCUUGGGAAAGCUUGCCUAUCUUACGUGGCCGGAGCGUUAGCAGGAUUCCAGGAGUACAAUUCCUUCAUGACCGACUUGCGUACGCCAAGUGCAAACAUGAAUCAACUCCCGCCACAGGCCAAACCUCCAGGGGCGCGGCUGUGAACCCUCGAAAGGGCUACUACAUUCUCAACCCCAGCGGAGACUUAGGCCGAACAGAGGAGCGUUUCCGCGACUGGGCGAACGGCAUGAAGAAAGUCGGGUGGGAAGGCACGAUCGGAAAGCCCGUCAGCGAACAGCAAUUCGUCAAUGCCUUGAAGUCAAAUGACCUGGUUGUGUACUUCGGUCAUGGAGGCGGAGAACAGUAUGUGCGUUCUCAUAGGAUCCGUAGCCUCCCCACUUGCGCGGCUACAAUGCUUUGGGGAUGUUCUUCCGGUGCAUUACGUGACAUGGGUGACUUCGACCGGACUGGAACGCCCUACAACUACAUGCUGGCUGGGUGCCCAACCCUCGUUGCGAACCUGUGGGACGUAACAGACAAGGACAUCGACAAGUUCUCCCAGACCGUCUUCGACAAGCUGUCAUUAAACGGCAAGGAUAUCAGUGAAUCCCAGGAGAAGCGGGCGAAGGACCCAAUUUCCGUCGUCGCUGCUGUAGCUCAGUCCCGCGACGCAUGUAAACUCAAAUAUCUGACAGGCGCGGCACCCGUUGUUUAUGGCAUACCAUUCUACCUCUGA